AGUUUUACAUGGGGGGGGAAGCCUAUUUUCGACAUAAUAUUGGUUGGGGGAGCCUUCUGUUUGGAAUGUGGUAUGUGUUGCAGUUACUGUCCGAUAAAGGUUACUCAAGUGAAAACGAACUGAAUAUGCAGUCAUUCAGUCAACAGUGUAAUGUAAUGUAGUGCAACAAGCGAAGUUCUACAGCACAACGUACAAAACCGAAGAACUUACAGUAGUUGAAUGUUUAUGCUUGGGCUGUUUUGAAGAGUCCUCUGUGGAUAUGACGUGAGAAAAGAAAAUUACUUAGAAAAGUGAAUGAAUUCUCACCCAUGUUUUGGAAACAUUAAGCAAGCGCUGCAAGCAGGAAAUGUUUUUUUCACUCACUCUCCCUCUCCGCGGUUAGAAAACGCGACCUGAGAGCAGACCCAGUUUGGCUUGACUGGUUUCACAUGGCUGUCUUCAGUGGUGUUGGUGGGAAAUUAUAUUACAUCGUCAGUACUCGCUAGCCUUUGAAGUAAUAUUUGGUAUAUGGUUUUAUAAUUAGGGACAUGGUUUAGUGGCUUUACGUUUAUUCAUUGUGUUCAUUUUGAAAGAGUACAAUCAUAGAUAAGGAGGUGUCUGCGUGACCCAGAUGGAGUGUUCAAAUGACUCCAGGCUCGUUUGGACAUAAAUCAGAGGGAAUCAUUAAAUGGGCACACAAGGGGGUCAUUUCAGAGCAGCCAUUGGUCUCAUUCUCUGCCGUGGAAAGCAAUGGCUCCACACCCACCCCGCACCCCACACACACUGACGCCCCAUUGGACAGAGGCAGCGGGAUCAUUCCAGGUGGGAUUGCAGCAGCGGUGUUCAUCAGCUUCUUGUUGGCUCUCUAUGCUGUGCUGUGGAAAUGCAUGGUAACUCCGCCCAGGAGGAAAGAAAAAAAGAAGAGGAGGGUGAGGCUUCGUGAGCAGAGGAGUCAGGUGUGCUGAACUUUGGGGACUGCAUCAGUUGGGAAGUCACGGAAGUUGGGACCAGGCCACCGUACGCCUGUGGCUGGUACCACAUUGCAGUGCCGGAGUCUGCGGGCGUUAUGAAUAGGGGGCUGUGAUUGGUGGAACACUAAAUCCCCCCACUGAUGUCCAUAUGGCUGAUCUGCGCGGCUGCCAUCUGUCCCAGCCCCUGAGGAUACACUAUGGCACCGGGCCCUGUCCAACAGGUCAUGAACUGUUGGCGCUUGCAUGAGGGCAUUUUUAUAAACAGGACAAAACAAUUUUUUUCAUGGUUUUUUUUGGUCUCUGACAAUACAAUGUUUGUGAUCACCUGGGGAGACGGAGGAACUUGUGACAGUUGGAGAUGCCAAGAGUAUAUUUGCACCCUUGGAUGAAGGUAUCAGCAAAUGUUGCCCCUUUUUCCAUUGACUCUUUUUGCAGUGAAUUUAAAUCUAGAGCUGAGCAAUAAGAAUUCGUAUUGAAAGUGUUUUUUUUAAGUGUUGUGCAUGGUAGUACCUUGACAAUGGCAUUGUGAGGUUGUGCUGGGGUGUUAUUUUGUACAUUUGUUGUCCAUUUGUUGUAUUUGAGCAGUGGCGGUUUGCACACUAGAGAGAUAUAACGACUUAACCCCAAAAAAGGUAACUGUUAUAUUUCAGAAUUGGGAUAGUGCAGUUUACUGUGCCUUCAAGGGCUCCUAAUUUCAAGUUCCACUGUUGGUGUGUUACAAUGCAUCUGCAUCCAUUUUAGAAGUUUUAUUCACCAUAUGUGCAUGUCCAUGUUGUUUUUUCAAUCUUAUAAUUUGAUCAGUCUGGAAACUUUACUGUAUGACAUUAAUGCUACCAAAUAAAAGUGAAUACUGUAUUGUUUUGCCGUGGCAGACAUGGAGGUUUAUCCAUUAUGUCCUGAUCUCUUAGAUUUACACAUGGUUUGUGUCUCCUCUCUGAGGGAUUUGGAGGCUUUAUGUAUGUGACCGUGUGUAAAAGCAGUGAUUGUGCUGAAUGUGGUCCAGUAGCAAAGGCCCCAGAACCCAUCAGGUGCAUCAUGAACUCAACACUGGUGAAUAUAACCACAUCAAAGAUGCCACUUCAUUUUCACAGCGCAUGUUGCUGAUGUCAGGGGCUCUUAUUUGAUUUCAU